UAGUCGUGCUCACAACUCUCUGCUUAACACAUCGUUAAUUGUUUUUCGUUCUUUCGGCGAUAGACUAAAAUGGAAAAUUUUAAAUUCAUUUGUUUGCUUGUUGGUGUUAUUGCAUCUACGGCGUUGGCCCAAAUAUCAUCAGAGGAGAAGAUACGAGCUGCUUGCGCUCAAGUAGAUUUUAACAACCCCACGAAGAUCACCUAUUGGAGUCCAUUUGCAGGCAUUGGCCCCGUGUCCGGGUAUGGCAUUAAAUCCGAACAGGCCCAACAGAUGUUGAGUGCAGCUUUAAAGAAUAUUUCGGAAAUUGAUGAAAAUCGUUAUAGAAUUGAUAAAAUCAACACGGCCUUUAAAUGCAUUUUUAACAAUGACUUGUACGAAUUCAACGCCAACCUUAUUGAUAAGAAUGACCAAAACAAAUCAUGCGUUGUACAGAUAUAUAAAAACCAUGAAAAAACAGACAAUGGCUCAACGACGGCUACUGUUAUAGCCUGCGACGAUGAUCCACAAUAUUUCAAGACUUACACUGAGGUUUAAAAUUGAAGCAACAUUGUCAUAUCCAUCUUUCUUAAGUUUUAAGAAGGACGAAACAUUAAAGAGCUUGUGUUCUGUAAAGACAA